CAGUAUGCCACAGGAUGAUAAGAAUCUGGAAACGACCUCUCCUUCAACAAUACAAGACGAGACAGACGCAGACGUCGGUUGGAAUAUGGGAGAACCCUUCCAGUCCUUGGACAAACUCCAGGGUUUGCCCGAUGGGGAAAAGGGCGAGAAGGCGAUGCUGCGGUCACGGAUCCAUGAGCAAUCUCAACUCAUCUGUAUCCUGAAGAAACGAGCGGACGACAACCUCCUGCGUUGCAAGGCCUUGGAGCAGCUCAACACGGAGAUGGAAGAGUUGAGGAUGGCGGAUACGCUGAGACUGGAAAGCCAGACCCGUCGCGUCCAGCAGCUGGAACAGCGCUUCAUGGAUCUGGCUGCCAACCACGAGGAUAUGAUCCACUUCAAGGACGAGCACAAGCGCCAGAACAUGCAUCUGAGGGAAGAAAACAGGCGCUUGCGCCAAGAGAACCUCAGCCUCUUCAGCCAACCUUUGAAGGAGAAAGAGGCAGAGCUGGACGGUCUCAUGUCACAGUACAAGAAGCUCUCCAAAGACAUGGAGGCCUUGGAGGAAAGUUACAAACGAGAAAGCCAGCAGGCCCAGCAGAGGGAGAAGGAGCUUCUGGAAGCCCAGAAUCGGCAAGCCAGCGCUCACACCGAGGAAGCGUGCUCCCUGAGAAGACAACUGGAAGUCCUCAAGGAGAAAUACAGUCACGUCACUGAGCGACUGGAGAGGGCGGAACAGGAACUCAGAGAUGGCGACCUGAAAGCCACCGUGGAGCAGCUAAGGCAGGAGAAAGAAGAGCUGCUGAACCUGACGAUGGAGAGAGGCAAACUGCUGCAAGAAAAGCAGCAGGAGAUUUUGCAGCUGGAGAAGAAGGCGGAGGAGAUGGAGAAGGCCAAGCUGGCUGCCGAGCAGCGUUUCGAGACAGAGUCGGCUGCGGUGGACAGCGUCCUCCGAGUCCGAGACCUGCAGUUGCGGCUGGAUGGGGCCGAACGAGCCUAUGUCGAGCUCCGGAUGCAGUUUGAGGCCUACAAGAGGCACAGCAUGGAUUUGCUGACCAAGGAGAAAGAGUUAAAUAUGAAACUCCGCCACUUCAUGGCAUGAGCCACACACAUCUUUGCCAGCCCCCAAGCAAAGAUGUCUCACAGGCAUCCUUAAAAUAAUAUUUUACGAGAUUAUUUUCCUGCUUCAAU